AUGGUGGCACCGACUUCUUACGCCUGUGGCUAUUUUCUGAAUCUGCAUAAGGCAACAGGCCAUCCGGUGCUUGUUUAUAUGGCUGCAGGGAAUCUAGCCAAAGACCUGGAAAAACUAUCCGAUGAGGCUACAGCAAAUUUUGUGAUGCUGCAACUUAAGAAAAUGUUUCCUGACGCACCUGACCCGGCUCAAUAUCUAGUGACACGAUGGGGAACGGAUCCAAACACAUUGGGGUGUUAUGCUUAUGACGUAGUUGGGAUGCCAGAAGAUCUAUACCAGAGGCUAGGAGAGCCAGUAGAUAAUAUAUUCUUUGGAGGAGAAGCAGUGAACGUGGAACAUCAAGGAUCAGCUCAUGGAGCCUUCUUAGCAGGAGUCUCGGCCUCUCAGAAUUGUCAAAGGUAUAUCUUUGAACGACUCGGGGCUUGGGAGAAACUCAAACUUGUUUCUCUUAUGAGAAAUAGUGAUAUCCUUGAAACCGCAACUGUCCCUCUCCAAAUCUCAAGGAUGUGA